AUGGCCGACCCUAGUCAGGGUGCUCCCCGUGGAAGGCCCGCUGACACCCAAGAACGUUCUUCUGGGCCAUACCCCUCCCAGUCCACUAAGUACCACUUGCCACAGCCUCUGCGGCGGACUGCCAACAACUUAUGGCUAAUGGCUAGGGCAAUAAAAGGGUCCAAGUCAUCAGAAAGAUCUACGGGUACCAGAUGA